ACCUGCAGGGCAGAAACAGUCACUCACACACAAUGAAGGUCGCCAUCCUCCUGCUUAUGCUCAAUCUGCUCGGUGUCUCCAGUGUGAUGAUGAAUACAAAUCUCAAAAAGAAGAUUGAAGGGAAUUGGCAAACUGUUUACUUAGCUUCUAGUUCUGUCGAGAAGAUAAAAGAAGGCUCACCCUUGAGAACCUACUUUCGUCGCAUUGAAUGUGGGAAGAAAUGCAAGCAAAUCUACCUCUAUUUUUAUGUCAAGAAAGGGACCAACUGCCAGAAGUAUGAAAUCAUAGGAAAGAAAAGGCAAGAAUUUUACCAGGCACAGUAUGAAGGAAAAAUAACAUUCAUGGUAAAAAUGGUGAAUGAGAAGAUAUUGCUGUUUCAUUAUUUUAACAAGGACCAUACGGGGAAAGUCACACGAGUAGCUGGAAUUCUGGCAAAAGCCAAACAACUGACUAAGGAUGAGAUGACACAGUAUAUGGACUUUGUGGAGGAAAUUGGCAUUGAGGAUGAGAAUGUACAACGUGUCCUGGACACAGACACCUGUCCAAAGAAGAUCAAGACUAGAUGACAGCAUCAGGAAUUUUCCAAUAAAUCCUUCCUGAAGCCUGAAACAUCAAUAUGAAGAUGGAGCUUCUUUUCUCUUAGAAGAUCACAUCUCCCUAUUUACUGUAUAUUACAAUUCCUGUCUCCAUAUUUUCUCUUUCAUCUGUCCUUUCCUGUGUUCUAAUCAGGGUUAGUGCAUCUUUGAAUAUUUAAAUAAAUUUUUUCACUUGCAUACACUUCUUUGAAGAAAGAAAGCUAAAGCACAAUACACAUAAGUAUCUAUUGGACUUUUUUAAAAGGAGAGGAGGGUUGGAUAGAUUGAUUGAAGGUUAAGAGUGCUUGCUGCUCUUCCAGAGGAAAUGUGUUCUAUUAUUAGUGCCCAC